GAACAAAAUUUUUAAAAUUGUAGUUUCAUUUAUAUUAUUUUUAUACUCAUCAAUAAUUACUAUUAGUAUAUAUUUAUUAUUUAGUAUUUACUUGUUAGACUAGUGUUAAUGAUUAGAAACUAUGUUUAUGGCUUAAUUAUCUUUAAAAAUUAUAAAUAAAAUCAUUAAAUAUGGAAAAUACUCUUACCGUCAACGAUGUGGAUACUGAUUUUUUACCAUUAAUUCACGAUAUUAUAAAAAGUGGUGAAAGGGAAAAUCAUGAACCACAGAAAUCAGCCCAAGAAAUAUCACAAAAAAUACAAGAUCUACAAAAAAAAAUUGAUCAAGCACGAAGUGAUAUUCGUAAACUACCAGGAAUCCAAUACAACAGUGAGCAGCAGUUAAAAGCUAUGGAUGAUCUUCGACAAUCUUUGCAAAUGAAAAGACAACUGUUAUUAAAAUAUAGACAUAUGUAUUCAUUUGACGUUCCAAAGUAUUGAGACAAUAUAACACAAUGGAUUUGUGUAAUUCAUGUUUUAUUAUGUGUCUGUGAACAUGAUUUUAUUUUCAUUUUUUUUUUUUUUUAAUAAGUAAAAUUAAAUUUUUUUUUUUGUGAACAUUACAGAAUAUAAAAAAAAGUAAAUAAAUAAAAUAAGUAUUUGUAUGAUACUUAUAUUGGCCAUUGAGCAACCAUCUCUAAA